UUGAGGGGGAUUAGAUGUAUAAUCCCCAGGUUGGGUCUCGAUUUCACGAAGGCGUGAGGCCUGAAUCCUAACCUGGCCCCACACCUGGCCCCAUUGUUCCCCUAAUUCCCCAGCAUCCGAUCAGAGAAUUAGCGGUCUGAUUGGCAGCUCAUUCGCGAUCAAGAAGCCCUGGGGACAGAGCUGGGUGACCCUGAAACUAUUCUCCCUUGCCUCAGGAGACCCCACCCAGAUGUCGGUCCCUUAGACAAGCAACUGCCCCUGAAGAAGGUCUCAGGCGACAUUCUUAGAAAGUGCGACCCCUUUAAAAGGAAGAGCCUGGCGGACGCGGGCUAGCGACCACGCGGUCGUCACAAAUCCCAGCCUGAGUUUUUACCUCCUAGCCAAGCCCGCGGUCCCGCCCCGGCGCCCUUCUAAGAGCUUGCUGGCCCGGAGCAGCAUCGCUGGGUGCCGCCCCUAAGGCGCGGGCGCCGAUUGGCCAGCGCGGUCACAGGGCGGGGCCAAAUCUUAAAGGGUCAAGGAGAUAGGAAAAACCGCAGGCGGCAGUGGCCGCUGCGAAACGCAGUGAGGUGACGCCACGUGGCCCCAUGUCGGUUUCUUUUAAAUCUCUCUAAUGCCCAUACCCCAGCCUCAGAUCCAUGGAGCCCACACGAGACUAUCCACUGUUCGGGGGCGCCUUCUCUGCCACUCUCCCUCCCGGGGCCAUUGACGUAAGCGACCUCCGACCGGUCCCGGACAAUCAAGAAGUUUUCUGCCAUCGCCUUACGGACCAGAGCCUGAUCGUGGAACUCCUGGAGCUGCAGGCCCAAGUGCGCGGCGAAGCGGCUGCGCGGUACCACUUUGAGGAUGUUGGCGGGGUGCAGGAGGCUAGGGCUGUGCAAGUGGAGGCUGUGCAGCCUCUCCUUUUGGAGAAUCUGGCCCUGAGGGGCUGCUGUCAAGAAGCCUGGGUCCUCUCUGGCAAGCAGCAGGUAGCUAAAGAACACCAGCAGGUAGCAGAGGUCGUGACACUGCACCAGGCCUUGCUGCGGCUGCCCCAGUACCAAACCGAUCUCCUGCUCACCUUCAAUCAGCCCCCCCCUGAUAAUAGGUCAUCUCUUGGCCCUGAAAAUCUGUCACCUCCGCCCUGGAGCCUGGGUGACUUUGAACAGCUGGUGACCAGUCUGACCCUUCACGAUCCCAACAUCUUUGGUCCCCAGUAACGAUGCUGAAAUGUUGCAUGAUGCUGCUGAAGACCUAGGGACCCCAUUCUGCAAGGAGUUGGAUAUAUUCUCCUAAUUCUUUCCCUGUGCAUAAACAUAAGACACCUCCUCUCUGCAGAAAUAAACUUGCUUUAUAACCAAUAUAA